AUGUCGUGGGCUCACCGAAUUAGACGCAACCAUGCCCAGGAUGCUAUCACAACUGGAAGCGACGCAGCGACAGAGUUGCGAAACUUCCAGAAGCAGCACAAAUGGGACCCCUUCCUCGACAUCAACAAACUGGACAAUGUGGACGAGGCGCUAAAUUCAGGAAACGCAGAGAAGCAGGCUGCCGUGGAUGAGUCCUUGAUUCAAGAGGACUCGCCGUAUCCUGAAGUCAGGGCAUCGGUCCCGCCAACAGACGAAGACUUUCCUGUAAACACACUUCGGGCCUGGGUAAUCGGAGGGUUAAUGUGCACAGUAGUUGCGUCAUGCAAUGUGUUACUAUCGCUGCGACGCUUACCGCUGUCCAUCUCAGCCAGCGUCGUGCAACUUAUAUCGUACCCAAUGGGAUGUUUCUGGGCCAAAGCAAUGCCAAACAAAUCCUUCACCCUCUUCGGACACAAAAUCGACCUCAACCCCUGCCCCUUCAACGUCAAAGAACACACCAUGAUAACUGUCAUGACCGCCGCCGGCACAACAGUCAGCUACGCAAUCGACAUCCUCCUCGCACAAGAGAUAUUCUACCACCAGCACUUCAAAUGGGGUUUCCAGAUCCUCCUCAUCCUCUCCACCAACGUAAUGGGUCUUGGAAUCGCCGGCAUAUCCCGCCGAUUCCUCAUCUGGCCCUCCGCAAUGGUAUGGCCCAGCACCCUGAUCACCACCACCGUCAUGCACUCCCUCCACAACCACAAACCAGCAGAUCCCGCUGCCACGCACGGCUGGACAAUCGGCCGGUACAAGUUCUUCCUCAUUGUUGCCGCGUGCGUCUUUGUCUGGGAAUGGGUGCCGCAGGUGUUUGCCACGUUCCUCCAGUUCUUCUACUUUGCCACCUGGGCGGCCCCGAACAAUGUUGUUGUGAACCAGUUAUUCGGUGGGCAGUCCGGGCUCGGUCUGCUUCCUAUAUCGUUUGAUUGGAAUACGGUGGCGGGCUUUGUGGGCAGUCCGCUCCCGGUGCCGGCGUUUGCGUUGGCGAAUUUCGCGAUCGGGAUGUUCUUAUGCUUGGUUGGCGGGCUGGGGCUGUACUUUGGCGGUCCUGAGUAUUAUCGAUAUCUGCCGAUUGUUGCGAAUCAGAAUUUUGACCGAUAUGCCAUGCCGUAUAAUGUGUCGAGGAUACUUACGCCGGAUUAUACGGUGAAUGAGACGGCGUACAAGGAAUAUUCGCCGAUUUUGAUACCGGCGACUUUCUCGCUUACUUAUGCGUUUAGCUUUGCGGGUUUGAUGGCGACGUUGACGCACACGGUGUUGUACUACGGGGCAGAUACGUGGAGGAGGGUCAGGAACUCAAAGUACGACGAGCCGGACGUUCAUCUCAAGUUGAUGCGUAAGUACAAGGAAGUACCGGAGUGGUGGUUCUUCGUCGUCUUUGUGGUGAGCUUUGUAUUCGGGCUUGUGUCCAGCGUGGUGUGGCCAACUCACCUCCCCUGGUGGGCGUACAUCUUGUGUAUUGCCAUUGGCGUCGUUUUAUUUAUACCCGUGGGUAUUAUUCAAGCUGUGACUAGUUCGCAGACCUCGACGAAUGUGCUUAUGGAAAUGAUCAUUGGCUACUUGCUGCCCGGUCGUCCUGUAGCAAUGAUGGUGUUCAAGGGCUGGGGCACAAUGGUCAGUUUCAACGGCCUCACUUACAUUGCAGACAUGAAAGUCGGCCAUUACAUGAAGAUUCCACCCCGGAGCAUGUUUGCAGCACAAGCAUUUGCGACUAUCUGGCUUUCUUUCGUCCAAAUAGGCACGUACAACUACAUGAUUGGCAAUAUUAAAAAUGUCUGCACGCCUCACCAGUCAUCUGGUUGGACUUGCCCACUCGCGAGGGUCUUUUACAACUCAAGCGUCAUCUGGGGCGUCGUGGGACCUAGACGAAUAUUCGGCGCUGGUGGCGUUCUCGCCUGGACAAACUACUUCUGGCUCAUUGGCUUUGUUCUCCCCCUCGUGUCAUACUUUGUAGUUCGCAAGUAUCCUCGAAGUGCAGCACGAUAUGUCAUUUGGCCGGUCGUCUUCUCCGCCGCGGGAUAUGUGCCUCCUGCGACGUUUUACAACCUGCUCCAGUGGCUGAUUGUUGGGCUUUGCUUCAACUACUUUAUUCGUAGGAGGUAUCUUGGCUGGUGGAGUCAAUACAAUUACAUUCUUUCUGCUGGUUUGGAUAUCGGUGCUGCUCUUUGCGGAGUGUUCAUCGGGUUUAUCAUGGGGUUUGGCAACUUUCAGUUCCCUUCUUGGUGGGGGAACUCGGUAGUCGAAACUACACUUGACUAUAAUGGGGGUGCGGUUACAAAGGUGUUUGAUCUGAAUACUUCUGCACCAAUUGGGCCGGAGACUUGGUAG